AUUAACGAUCGGCUACUAUGCUCCAGUCAAUGAAAAAUUUUCAAUUUUUAUUACUACAAUUAAUGUAAACACGGAGCAUAAAAGUGGAAUCCUCCAACCAAGCGUGCUGCCCCACCAGAGAGCUGCCACAGACACCACCGAUGCAGGAAGUGUCGUCAGCUCGUGGGAGGUGGACGUGGACAACCACGCUGACAAGUCUCAUGAUUGCCCUUUCAACCUCCUACCAAUAUGGAUACAACCUCAGCGUUCUCAACCAACCGAUGCUGCUGGUCAAAGAGUUUUUGAACGAAUCGUACUCCCCCGUAACGACGCCACCGCUAACGACAUCGACGUCAACCUCACUGCCUGAAGCUUCGACACCAACAUCGCCGUCAACCUCAGUGCCUGCACAGAAUUCAAUUAGUGAGAACACUCUGACGAUCCUCUGGUCGCUAUGCACAGCUGUGUUUGUCUGUGGAGGCAUGAUAGGCUCCUUCGUUGUUGGCUGGCUGGCUGAUAGGCUGGGCAGAAAAUAUACUCUGAUGUUGAAUGCUGGACCAUCCGUCGUGGGGGGAUUGUUGAGUGGCUUGUGCGUGUGGGCUGGUUCGCCUGUCCUCCUCCUAAUUGGACGCUUCACCACCGGCCUCAGCUGUGGGGCUGCUACUCAACUCGGACCAAUGUACAUAAUUGAGAUUGUACCUUUCAACUUGAAAGGUGCCAUUGGAACGUUGUAUGGAUUGUUUGUUUCAAUAGGUAUCGUAAUAGGAACCUUUUUUGGGUUGAAUAUCAUUCUAGGGGUUGAAGACAAGUGGCCGAUACUGUUGCUUUUGAACGUGGUGCCUGGCUUAGCAAGUCUGUUCGUAUUUCCUCUGCUUCCCGACAGUCCGAGGUAUCUUCUAGUUACCAAGAAAAACAAAGAAAGCGCUGUGAAAGCAUUAACGUGGUUGCGGCAAAGUAAGGACGUGAGUAAGGAAAUAAAGGAGAUGGAGGAGGAGUCAAAGAAUCAGGGCGAUGAUGAAACAUUCAGCAUGUUGAAACUCUUGCGAACUCGUGAACUCCUUGCCCCGCUGAUCGUCUGCCUGCUCCUUCAAAUAGUGCAACAGUUUUCUGGCAUAAACGCCAUCACGUUCUACUCGAAAAGCAUUUUGUUGAAGGCCGGUGUUUCUGUGGACGUCGUACAGUACGCUAUCCUAGGAAUUUUUCUGAUCAGCGUAGUCACAAACAUCUUGACCGUACCUCUGAUGGACAGACUGGGCAGAAGAAUGAUGCUCCUGGCUCCCAUGUCCGGCAUGAUUCUCGUCCUGAUUGUCAUCUCCGUCUCUCUCAACUUGCAGGUCAUACUAUUCGAUGAAGUUUUAUAA